AUGCAUUCGGAACCAGACUCUAUUUUGAGUAACAAUAUCAUUGAUUCUACUUUAUUCCCAAGGUCAGUGAAAGAGCCGUUAUGUGAUUGUACUUCAUGCCAACAUAUUUUUAUUCAUAAAAAAAAGAUAAAACAUAGUUUUUUCAUUGGAUUUAUAGUGCCAAUUGUAUGGAUAUUAAAUAUUAUCUAUUAUAUAUAUUCACAAUACAUUCUAGAUCAUGAGAUUGAUACUACCCAAAUAGAUGAGACAGAGCUACCAACAUUAUUCAACAAAGAACAGCAAAGGAAGAAAACUGAACUCCAAUUGAAUGAUGAGAUCUUUCUUGAGAGAGAAGAAAUAUUUUUAAGAGGAAUGAGUUUGGUACCACAGGAUCAAUGUUCAUCAAACGAGAAAGAACCUGUUGUGUCUUGUUCCGAAACUUUGUUUAGCGUUGAUUCAAAUAAGGAGUUGGCUGAGUAUAGGUACGAUUAUCUACUUCAACUCUCGAAUAAUAUAAUCUCCUCCCAUGAUGAAUUGAGAAAGUUUUCUAGAGUCUGGGCUUUGAGAAGUUGGUUAGGAAUAAUAUUCUAUAUCGUAGUGGCUAUUUUUAUAUAUCUUUUAGUUUCACAUAGUAGUUCUUAUAGCUCUCAUAUAUCAAAUAACCAUGUAUAUUUACAAUAA